CCCAGCCCACUGCUUUAACCGGCAGGAGCCACUCCCAGGUCCGAGGUCCAGCGCAAGGGAAGCUGGACUACAACUCCCAGCAGGUCGUGAAGCCACGCCCACCUCGGCAGCUCCGCCCCCACGGAUUCUCCCUCCAUUGGCCUCCAGGGGGUGGGGAUUAGAUGGGAGGUGGCCAUGAGGCUGCAAAGGGGUUUGUUCCCUCCUCGGCUUCCGUAGAGGAAGUCGCGCGGACUAGUGUCUGGGGUUUCGAUAUCCCCGCCUUCGCCGGGGGUCCGGGGGUGACAUUGCACCGCGCCCCUCACGGGGUCGCGUCGCCACCCCACGCGGACACCCUAGCUGGCGUGCUCCUCCCCUUCCCCUCUCUUGGCCGGGUCUCCACCCCGCCCCCAGCUGCCCAGCCAUGGGGGCCGCAGUGUUUUUUGGAUGCACUUUUGUCGCUUUCGGCCCGGCCUUUGCGCUUUUCUUGAUCACUGUGGCUGGAGACCCGCUUCGCGUCAUCAUCUUGGUCGCCGGGGCGUUUUUCUGGCUGGUCUCCCUGCUCCUGGCCUCUGUGGUCUGGUUCAUCUUGGUCCAUGUGACCGACCGGUCAGAUGCCCGGCUACAGUAUGGCCUUCUGAUAUUUGGUGCUGCAGUCUCCGUCCUUCUACAGGAGGUGUUCCGCUUUGCCUACUACAAGCUGCUUAAGAAGGCAGAUGAAGGGUUAGCAUCGCUGAGUGAGGACGGAAGAUCACCCAUCUCCAUCCGCCAGAUGGCCUAUGUUUCUGGUCUUUCCUUCGGUAUCAUCAGUGGUGUCUUCUCUGUUAUCAAUAUUUUGGCUGAUGCACUUGGGCCAGGUGUGGUUGGGAUCCAUGGAGACUCACCCUAUUACUUCUUGACUUCAGCCUUUCUGACAGCAGCCAUUAUCCUGCUCCAUACCUUUUGGGGAGUUGUGUUCUUUGAUGCCUGUGAGAGGAGACGGUACUGGGCUUUGGGCCUGGUGGUUGGGAGUCACCUACUGACAUCGGGACUGACAUUCCUGAACCCCUGGUAUGAGGCCAGCCUGCUGCCCAUCUAUGCAGUCACUAUUUCCAUGGGGCUCUGGGCCUUCACCACAGCUGGAGGGUCCUUCCGAAGUAUCCAGCGCAGUCUCUCGUGCCGACGGCAGGAGGACAGUCGGGUGAUGGUGUAUUCUGCCCUGCGCAUCCCACCCGAGGACUGAGGGAACCUUGGGGGGGACCCCUGGGCCUGGGGUGCCCUCCUGAUCUCCUCGCCCUGUAUUUCUCCAUCUCCAGUUCUGGACAGUGCAGGUGGCCAAGAAAAGGGACCUAGUUUAGCCAUUGCCGUGGAGAUGAAGUCAAUGGAGGUUCAAGGGUAGACGAGCUCUGAGUUUCCCAGUACCCCCUCCCCAGACUGGACAUCUUGGUCUUUUUCUCAGGUCUGAGGGGAACUAUUUUUGGUGUGAUAAAGACCCCAAAUUGCCUUUUUUUUUUUUGAGUGGGGGGAGGGAGGAGGUAUGUUGGAAUUCUUCUCCUAACCUCCUUGGACUGUAUUUUCCCUCCUCAACUUGCUCCUUAUGACUGGGCUUAUACCUGCCCAGCUUUCCCCUUGGUCCCAGGCUUUGGGGGAAAGGAAGGAAGUGCAUGUUUGGGAACUGGUAUUACUGGAACUAAUGUUUUAACCUCCUUGACCACCAGCAUCCCUCCUCUCCCCAAGGUGAAGUGGAGGGUGCUGCGGGGAGCUGGCCCACUCCAGAGUUGCAGUGCUCCUGGAGGAGUCAGCCUACCAUGACAUCACAGGGAAGGAGGGCAGAUUUUUUUCUAGUUUUUAAUUGGGGUGUGUGGGGGCGGGGAGGUUUUCUAUAAACUGUAUCAUUUUCUGCUGAGGGUGGUGUAUCCCAUCCUUUUAAUCGAGGUGUUUGUGAUUUUGACUAAUAAAAAGGACUUUAUAAUUGUG